AGGCUAUCGGACACCAGACUGAUAAGAUUUCCUAAUAAUCUACAAGAUUAUUCAAAAGUUGUCACAUUUAGAAAAAAACAAAAACAUGCCAAGGAUUGUGGAGUGUGUACCGAACUUUUCAGAGGGCCGUAACAAGGAGGUGAUAGAGGCCAUUGCCAAUGCCAUUGCUUCUACAGAUGGCUGUAGUUUGCUGGACGUUGACCCAGGAGCGUCCACCAAUCGCACAGUGUACACAUUUGUAGGGUCACCAGAGGCCAUUGUAGAGGGUGCCCUCAAUGGAGCAAGAGUGGCAUAUCAAGCCAUUGAUAUGAGGAGGCACAAAGGAGAACAUCCCAGGAUGGGGGCCCUCGAUGUAUGUCCAUUUAUUCCUGUUCAAAAUGUCACCAUGGAGGAGUGUGUGGAAUGCGCCAAGGAGUUCGGAGAGAAACUCGCCAUAGAGUUGGGAGUCCCAGUGUAUUUGUAUGCUGAAGCCACAGAAAAUCCCAAUAGAAAGUCGUUACCAUUUAUUCGACAAGGGGAAUACGAAGGACUUCCUGAGAAGUUAUCUCAACCAGAGUGGAAACCAGACUUUGGUUCACCAGAAUUUGUUUCAAAUUGGGGAGCCACGGUAACCGGUGCCAGGAAUUUUCUAAUUGCCUACAAUAUAAACCUCCUAGCGACAAAGGAACAGGCACAUCGAAUUGCCCUCAACAUCAGGGAGCAGGGCAGAGGCAAAGAACAGUGCUAUGGAACAGGUUUUGAUGUGGAGGGGCAUUAUGGAACUAAAUGGCAAUAUCAGCCUGGUAGAUUGAAGCAUGUGCAGGCGAUCGGCUGGUACCUGGAGGAGGCUAACAUGGCCCAAGUGUCGGUCAAUAUCACUGACCAUGAAGUGACCCCAAUCCACAAAGUCUAUGAGGAAGUUCUCAAGGACGCAAAGGAUCUAAAUAUAGCAGUAUGUGGCUCUCAGAUUGUGGGCCUGGUUCCACUUAAGGCCGUCCUGCAGGCAGCUGACUACUACAUGGAGAAGGAUAAUCUCUUUAUUCUGGAGGAGGAUCAAAAACUGAGACUGGUUAUCAAUAGAUUGGGUCUGAAUUCCUUGGGACCAUUUAGUCCUAAAGAGAGGAUUAUAGAAUACAUGAUUUUAGACGACGCUGAUGGAGGACCGCUGGUAUCUAUGAAUGUCAGGGACUUUGUGAUGACUGUGGGGUCCAGGUCUCCCUCCCCUGGGGGAGGGUCUGUAGCUGCCUUGGCAGCCAGCCUGGGUGCCUCAUUGGGCAGUAUGGUGGGGUUUCUUACCUAUGGAAACAGGAAGUUUUUCGAGCUGGACAGUAAAAUGAGAGAACUGAUACCCCCUCUGUACAAAGCCAUGAAGGAUCUGAUGCAGUUCGUGGAUGCUGAUGCUGCUGCUUACAGUGAAUAUAUGUUGGCAAGUAAAUUACCCAAAGAGACAGAGGAAGAGGAAACAAUGCGAGAUUUGGCCAUGCAGGAAGGCAUCAAGACAGCCAUACAGGUCCCAGUGACCGUCUCGAGAAUUGCCAAUCAUAUCUGGCCGACCAUUAAAGAACUAGCCAAAGCGUGCAACAUCAACUGUAAAUCUGAUCUUCAGGUUGGUGUGAGAAUGCUCGAGACUGGCGUGUGGGGGACAUAUUACAAUGUCACAACCAACCUGGCUGACUUAAAGGACCCGGAAUUCAAGACUCAGGUCAAGGAGGAAAUUUCAGCUGCAUUAAAAUACGCACAGGAGGAGUGUGCAGCAACACUGAAAAUCCUUGAGGCGCGGAAAGAAUAGACGAUGUGUUCAAAACGAAACCGCAAUACACCAGUUCAUGUCCGUCUGCCUAGACAUUCUGUUUGUUGUGAGAUGUGUGAUUUAAAAGGUUAUAAUUCAAUAGGACUGAAUGUUUAAAUACGGCAAUGUAGUAUUUAAGUCUUGUUUUUGCAUUUUAAAAGUUCCGUUCUUAAGAUGCUUUGAUUGUUUCUCAUGAUAAAUGUCUGUGUUUUGUUAACUACCGGGUACUUCAAGGUCAAGAUUUUUUUCGAAACAUGAAAAAAAAAAGUCAAUUAUUAAAUAUUUCUAUUUUUAUUCAUGUUUAACUAUAAUCAGAAUUUAAAAGUGCCCCAGGAAUAUUUUUGUUGUGAAAGUAGACUCAUUACAGAAUUAGUGACUUAUGAAGUGUUUGUUCUUUUAAUUAGUACUGCUGACUGUUCAUUUUAUAAAUUGUGUUUUUGCCUCGUACAGUAUGCUUGUAUCACCAUGCUAAAUUUUCAUUCUUGUCAGUAACUGUAGUAACACCUUCAAAUAUAGGCAUCCAGUGAUUUAGGAAAAUAAUUUUGAUUUUUUAAUUAGGGUGAAAAAUUAGUAGGGAAAAAUAAGGAUAUCAUAUCCUUUGAUUGCGACUGGAACUUCCUUGUUUCUCCAUCCAUGAUGUAGAUUGAUGUUACAUGAACUUUAAACCAGCGUUUGUUUAUGUCGAGUUAUGUUUUUAAGUAAGCCUAAACUUAGAUUUGCUCAUGAAUUGCCAAGGGUAAAAGUGUUUGUGUCAAUUAUAUUCGCGAGUGAGCGUAUACUUUAUUGAUUGAUUAGCGACUCGAAGAUAAAGUGUUUGUGUCGGGUUACCGGUAUAUUCGUGUAUGAGCCCUAACUCUACUCUUUUCAUAUUAACAGAAUGACUGCUCUGCAGUGACAGAGGUGUUCACAAAUCUCACCAUUUUUUUCUCACUUGCGAAUAAAAUCUCCUUGACAGUCGCUGUAUAGGAUUUCAUUGUCUGAGACUUUGUCAGAAAUUAUUUUAAAAAAUAAUUGAAGGAUGCCAUGGUAACCAUGUAAAUAUUGUUUUUGUGAUUUCAGCUGAGCUUUAAAAAGGAUUUAGAAUAAUAUCAUGCUUUGUCAUGCGAAGUGGCCUUUCAGUUGUGCUUAUAAAGCAGUGGUAUUUUGUGGUUUUUGUUGCUGUAACAGAUCGAGUGCUGGCAUUGCGUAGUAAAUUUAUUAACAUGAAUCAUUCUGUAUUCAGAAGUCGAUUUUUUUCUGAAUAUCUGGAGUUUUUGUUUCCAUAUCUAGUAAUAUAGCAUUUAGAUUUUCAGUCAUUGAAUAUGAAAUUCCAUCAUUGAUACAUGUAAUUAGCACCUUUUAGUUUUAACGUUAUUAUGAUGGAGCAAGGAUUCGUCUUUUCUGACACAACAUACACGUAUUUUAAGAUUUUUAGUGGAUGAAAUCCAAUUUUUUGUGAUGAUAAUAUUUUCAAACAUUUUAUUUUUCUUACAUAAGAAGCAGAUCUCUUUGUUCUUUUUAUUUGUUUUUUGUUUAUAUGUGGGGAUCUUAGUUUUUAGGCAUUGUUAAAAUUGUUGGGAGUACUUUUUAUUUAAUUUCCCAUGUAAUCUUCAUACAAAAUGGCUGUGUACAUAUAUGUUUUGUUGCAUUUCGAUAUGAUAUGUGAAUCAUGUUUUAUUGAAACCACAGACACAAAUGUAAGGGUAACAUAAUUAUUAUUGAUAUAUUUAUUAUUGAUAACAUGCAUGUAUAACAUGAUGUUAUUAAUUAGGGUGAUUUAAUGGUGUGAUAUAUUUAUAGAAGUACUAACGAGUUGUUAGCUAGGAGUACACGUAUUGAUCGUGUAUAAAUGUACAAGUCUGUAUGGAAACUUUGUGCCAUCAAUCUUGAAAUUUACGAAAUGAAGCGAGUGUGUAGAUUUCAGUUUAAUGUUACUGUGUUUCUCUCUCCACUGCCUCUAUGGAUGAUCUGUUUAAUGUAAUAAAGAUUUUAAGUUGACUACUGGAACCUCAACUCCCUUUUCUAUUAUAUAAAAUCCCAAAAUUUUUUAAUAAUUUCCAACAAAUUAAAAAUAUUAAAGAGUUAAAGAGCAAUGUAUUUCAAUUUUCAAGAAUUUGUAAUUUUUUCAAAGAAAAAAAGUUUUGUUUCUCAAAUGGCAUUUUAGGCAAGGAGCUACCCCCACCCCCCCACCCCCCCCCCCCUUUUGAUUUCCUUUAAACAGGAAAUUAGCUUGUGAUAUGUAGAGGUAAAAUUGAAUGGGGAGAAUAGUACUUAGCCCAGUACAGAUACACUUUGAUCAGUAAUUUUUAAGUUAUUUCUGAUGUAAAAUAUAUACAGAUCAUUAUAUUUCAGUACCAAAUUUCCCAUGUUUGAAUUGGUCUAAAUAAAAAACACAUCGGAGGGAGCUCAGGUUCCUGGACCCACCAAGCAGUGUGGGACUUUAACCUACCCCCCCCCCCCCCCCCCCCUCUCGUCAACCUCCUUCCUGAUGUUACUUCAUGAUUCAACCACCUGAAUCUGUGUACCUUUUUUGACAGUUUUGGCCCACAACGACCUUUAUUUGAAACAGCCAUUACUGUAUUGAUAUAUCUAUUGCUACAUUGAGUUGUAGUAUUGAAGUAGUACUACUGUACACUAAACUUGGUAGAAAGGUAUAUAAUUAUCAUGAAUUUGUUACAUGUAUAUUUAAGUCACAUUCCAUAUACAGAUUUAUAAUGAAUUCAGUAUUAAUGCAAUCCAUAAUUCGUUACAAUGUAUUUGAAAUUUUAUUUUACAUUACAGAUAAGAACUUUUACCCCAAUGAAUGUUAUGUUUGUAUAUCAGGUUAUUGGCCUCUCUAUUUACAUGUACAGAGAAACUAGAACUAGUCAAUGGAUGCUGGAGACAAAGACUGAAUAAGUUUCAUGUUUAAUUUUCAUUGCAUGCAGAUUUAGUUUGUACACCGAGUGACAACGAGCUUUGUGACUGGAGUUUUGUUAAUUUUCAAAUACUAGAGUAUUUUUUGUGCUUUGCAUCAAUUUUUGACAAUACAAUUAUAGAAUGAUAAAAA